UUAUUUUCCAGAAAUAGUUAGCUAUUGUUUUCACCUUUAACAUUGAUUUUUGGUUCUCCAUUUCAAAUGGAGGAAACCGGUGAAGCACAGGUCCAAAGUUCGAUACCAGAGACGCAGAAUGACAGACCGAAGAGAAAGGCAAACAAGAAGAGGAAGUUCAACAUCGAUGAUGAUGAUGAGACGUCCCCCGAGAGCAAUAACAAUACCAACUCAAGGCCUGGACUGAGAAGAGGGAGUUCCUUCACCUUCCUCACCCCUGGACCUCAGUGGGACUUCAGUCUGAAGCGGAAGCGCAGAGAGAAGGAUGUCUCUGAUGCAGUCAGCCUGUGCAGCUUUGACUUGAAGGAACCCAGCAACAAGCGUGUCCGUCCUCUCGGCAGGGUGACCUCGCUGGCUAACCUCAUCUCCCCCGUGAAGAAUGGGGCCGUCCGGCGCUUCGGCCAGACCAUCCAGUCCAUGUCCUUCCGGGGCGAUGGCAAUGGUGGCAAGACGCCGGGCGUGCCCCAGAAGCCAUGCAGCAAGGCGGCGGCGCCCACGCCGCCCAAGAGACGCAACAGCACGCUGUGGUCGGAGACAUUAGACGUCCACCAGAAGGGCACCUUCUCCACCAAGGAGAUCAAGAGACAGGAGGCCAUAUUUGAGUUGACUCGCGGAGAACAGGACCUGAUUGAGGACCUCCAACUCGCACGCAAGGCGUACCACGACCCCAUGCUGAAGCUGAGUAUCAUGUCGGAGGAGGAGCUGACCCAUAUCUUCGGGGACCUGGAUGCCUACAUCCCCCUCCACGAGGACCUGCUGGCCCAGCUGGCCAGAGCCACCGGCCCCGACGGCACCGUGGGACAGAUAGGACAGAUCGUCGUCAGCUGGUUGCCAGGGCUCAAUGCAUACCGAGAUUACUGCAGUAACCAGGUGGCGGCCAAGGCCCUGUUGGACCAGAAGAAACAGGACCGGAGGGUGCAGGACUUCCUGCAGCGCUGCCUGGAGUCUCCCUUCAGCAGGAAGCUGGACCUGUGGAGCUUCCUGGACAUCCCCCGCUCCCGUCUGUUCAAAUACCCCCUCCUGCUCAGAGAGAUCCUCAAACACACAGCGCCCGAGCACCCCGACACGCCCCGCCUGGAGCAAGCGAUCACCAUCAUCCAGGGUGUGUUGUCUGACAUCAACAUGAAGAAGGGGGAGUCAGAGAGCCAGUACUACAUAGACAAACUGGAGUAUCUGGACGACAGGCAAAGAGACCCGCGCAUCGACCAGUGCAAGAGUCUGUUGUGUCACGGCGAGCUACGCAACAAGAGCGGAACAAAGCUGCACGUGUUCCUGUUCACAGAGCUGUUGGUAAUGACCCGGUCUGUGACGAGGAACGAGCACCACUGUUUCCAGGUGUACCGGCAGCCAAUCCCGGUGCAGGACUUGGUGCUGGAGGACCUACAGGAUGGAGACGUCAAGAUGGGUGGCUCCUUCAGAGGAGCAUUCAGUAACUCAGACAAAGCCAAGAACAUCUUCCGUGUGCGUUUCCAUGACCCGUCUCAGGGCCAGUCCCACACGCUGCAGGUCAAUGACGUCUUCCACAAGCAGCAGUGGCUCAACUGCCUGCGCAGCGCCAUCUCCGUCCACCACCCCGCGGACGCCGCUGUCACCACACCCGCCUCCUCCCCGGCAGCCGACGCCCACUCCAAGCGGCGCUCCUCCAAAAUCUCCGCCAUCAUCCACAUAGAGGAGGCCAAUGAGAACUGCCCUCUGACGCCCGCAGGUGCAACGUCCGCCCCCAGUUCGCCAUGUGGGGACGAGACCCCCAGCCCCACCUCAACGUCUCCCUCCUCCCGCUCCUCAUCCUCCUCUUCAUCACCACUAUCCUCCCCGUCGCCCAAACACAAAACCAAAAAGGACAAGCGCUCCCUCUGUGCCUUAGGGAAGAGGAAGGAGACCAUGGUGUAAUUAGAGGAGGGGAGAAAAUGGACUCCUGGGCGAUCGGACAAUAUGUUUGUACAUAAGGAGGGGGA